CGUGUUCAGCCUUUGUGCUUACCUCUGCCCAGUGAGAAUUUCCCAGCCAGCACCGGCUGCAUCGUUGGCGGUUGGGGUCGCGUAAGAGAGCGUGGCCGCCUUCCAGCGGUUCUCCGUGAAGUGAUGCUUGACCUAGUGGAGCCAGGCCGAUGCAGGCAGGCCCUCCGAACACUACGGCCCAGGCCGCUACCCCUCACUGUGGUGUGUGCUGGACCAGAGAGAGGAGGUCGAGACGCUUGUCAGGGAGACUCUGGGAGUCCCUUGAUCUGCCCCAGAGAGGAUGGGCACUGGGCUGUAGUCGGGGUGACCUCGUGGGGUAAAGGGUGUGGACGCAGCUGGGUUGACAACUUGUUCAAGCACCCAGUCAUGAGAGGGUCGCCUGGAGUGUUCACUGAUGUCAAAGUGUUCUUGCCAUGGAUCAAGAGAAUCCUUAAAGAAGCACUUGUCAAAUCAGUGUCCCCUCCAAGGUUGUGUCACGUGAUGGAUGGGCCUUUGAAUGAAAACCAAGGUGUGAUUAACAAUCCAGAUAAGCCUGCCAACUAUUAUGCAAACAAUGAAAUAUGCUCAUGGUCUAUACGUGUUGCUGCUGAAAGUCACAUUCUGCUGGAGUUCUUGGAGUUUGACUUAGAGAAUGACACUCUCUGUCACAGUGACCAGCUCACCGUGUUUGGCGGUGCCGACAGAGUCAUUGGUGAGGAAUGGUUUGGAGGGAUUGAAACAAGGGCCUUUGUAGAAUCACUCAUUUCCUGUGGACGAUGUGCUUUCUUUUCUCCAGGCAAGUUCUGUGGGGGGCAACUCCCAGAGCCUGUGCUGAUCUCCUCCAGCAGUGCUACCGUACAGUUUGUGUCUGAUGCCAGCGGCACAAGAGCUGGCUUUUCCAUCCAAUACAAAACUGUGGCUGGAGAUUUUCAACUGGGGCCAGGAUGUGGCACGGUGGCGUUGUUCCAGGCACAGGAGGCCAUCCGAAGUCCCCGCUACCCCGAGGCCUACGGUAACGGCGCGGACUGCCGCUGGGUCAUCCACGCACCCGAGGGACAUGUCGUCAAGCUUGAUUUCCACGAUUUUGACUUGGAGCAGUCGGAGCAUUGCCAAUAUGACUCCCUGAAAAUAUUGGGAGAUAUUGAUGGAAAACAAGAAAUUGUGGUGCUUUGUGGUGGGACUGUACCUCCGCCGGUCCUGAGCUAUGACAGCGUGAUGGUCCUCCACCUCAUCUCAGACAGCAGCGUAACAGCCCGUGGAUUCCACGCCACACCAACAUUCAUCAAACGAUCAGAUCUCCUGGAAGGGGGGUCAAGGGAACUGGAGGACGAAUCAGAUGGCACCACAACCCACUCUCGCUACGCAGAGACAGGUUUGUGUGGAAUGCCACACUCUCUUGCUGGCUCAGAGCAGGGAGGACUGGAAGGGGGAGAGGGCACCUCACUGCAGCGCUGGCCCUGGGACGCCCGACUCCAGCUGGACACUGAGGUCAUCUGUUUGGGUGCCAUCAUCCAGCCUGACUGGAUCCUCACAGCUGCCCACUGUGUCCAUGGCCUGGAUGAGAAAAUACUUGGUGCAUUGACUGUGGAGACUGGUGGCCCAGACAGCCAAAGUCGCAGGGUGAGGAAAGCACUUGUUCACCCUCAGUAUGACUCCUUCUCUCUGGACUCGGAUGUCGCUCUCCUUCACCUUGACUCUGACUUUGCACUCACUAACCACACACAGCUUAUAUGCCUGCCCACCCACCCACAGGAGGGCUCAUUCACUCACGACUGCAAGGUUUCCUUGGAGAACAACCGUGUUGGCACUCUGGGGAACAACACUUCCCGGCCGAUAGAGGUGUCUCUGAUGGAACACGCAGCUUGUCAACACUACUAUCCUGGCAGGCUGACGGACACCAUGCUAUGCGCCGAGCAGGAAGAGCUGAACCAACAUGGUUCCUGCAUGGAUCAUGCUGGAGCCCCCUUGGUAUGCCGAACAAACAACUCCAAUUUCUUUGUCCAUGGAGUGGCCAGUUGGAGGGAGGGAUGCGGAAAGUUUCCCAGGCCUGCGGUUUAUUCCUCCGUGAUGCCUGUCACGGACUGGAUUCUGGAGCAGCUUGAUGCAACUUUGGAUUCAGCGCUUGACGAGUACCAAGACGAAAAGGAUUUUAGGACGGAGUCAUCUGGGGACUUUUACUGAAUCAUGUCAACUGCAUGUUAUCAUCAUCACCUCCUCAAACCUCCCACCACAAACAACUUGGUGCUAUUAAAUCAUGAACAGUAUUUAUGUUAUUGUAACGUUUUCUUCUUAGUAUUAUUUAUUUGCAUGUGAUAUGUAGAGAAAUAUUAAUGUAUUAACAAGGACAUUGUUUUGUUUAUCAAUGUUUUGUAUUAUUGCAUUCACCCAAAUGUAUUUUCCGCCAGCUGUAUGUAGCCUACUUGUCGGCUGUGGAAAUAAAAGUGUU